AUGGCUUUUGCACUGCCGCAUCUUUUAUGCUUCCUAGUUUUCCUUCAACAAUUGCCAAUUUUCACCACUGCUCAAAAUAUAUCUUUGGGCACAUCCCUGACUGCAAAACCGGGCAAUAGCUCUUUUUGGGCCUCACCAUCUGGGGAAUUUGCUUUCGGUUUCCAAGAAAUUGGUAACCAUGGUUUCCUACUAGCCAUUUGGUUCAACAAAAUAGCAGAAAGAACUAUUGUCUGGUCAGCCAAUGGCAACAGUCUAGUGCAAAAGGGAUCCAGAGUUCAACUAACUAGUGAAGGCAAGAUUAUGCUCAACGAUGCAGCGUCAGGCAAGCAAACACUGAUUGCUGAUUCCACUGCGAAUGAAGUUGCAUAUGCAGCCAUGCUCGACACGGGAAAUUUUGUGCUGGCUAACAAAAAUUCAGCCAAUUUGUGGCAGAGUUUUGAUCAUCCCACGAAUACAAUCCUACCUACACAGACUUUAUAUCAAGGCACCACACUCUUUGCUCCCUAUACGGCAUCAAAUUACUCGAAAGGAAGAUUCAUGUUUACAUUAGAAGCUGGUGGAAAUCUCUUGCUUUACACUACGCAUUUCCCAUUAGAUACGGCCAAUGCUGCUUAUUGGUCAAGCGAAACUGAGGGUACCGGCUUUCAGGUCGUCUUUAACCAGUCUGGCUCUAUUUUUCUUACUUCAAGGAAUGGAAGCAUACUUACUGUGGUAGUAAACAAUACAGUUCCAUUGCCAGGUUUCUACCGCAGAACAACUAUCGACUAUGAUGGAGUAUUGAGGUACUAUAUCUACCCGAAAAGCAGUAACUCGAGUGAAGGAGUGUGGCAGAUGGCUUGGUCCACAUUGUCCUUCAUACCUUCAAACAUCUGUGUCAACAUUUCGUACUAUAAAGGUGGUGGUGCGUGUGGUUUCAACAGCUUAUGCAGAAAUGACCAGAAACCGAGUUGCCAAUGCCCAAAUGGUUAUGUCUUUGUUGAUCCUGAUGAUGUGAUGAGAGGAUGCAAGCAGAACUUUCGUCCACAAAGUUGUGAUGAGGUCCCAUCGAUGGAGGAAUUUUAUUUUGAAGAAAUGCAAAACACAGAUUGGAAGGAAUCUGAGUACGAGAAGUACACGCCAGUGACUGAAGACUGGUGCAGGCAAGCUUGCCUAGCUGAUUGUUUCUGUGCCCUUGCCAAUUUCAGAAACGGGGAUUGUUGGUUAAAGGGAAUGCCUCUUCGGAAUGGGAGGAUCGACCCUAGCAGUGGUGUGAAAGCUCUCAUCAAAAUAAGGAGAGACAAUUCCACUUUGAAACUGCCACAUUCACCACAUUCAAGAACAAAACGCAACUCAACUCUCUUGCUCGUUGGAUCGGUGCUGUUGAGUAGCUCCGGGUUCUUAAACUUCCUCUUAGUGUUAAUAACCUAUUUGGUUGUUUCCGGUACUUACCGUAGAAGACCAAACAUGAUUCAACCUUACACAGUCUUGCCGGGUAUGAACCUGAUUUGUUUCAGUUAUGAGGAGCUAAACAAAGCUACCAUUGGAUUCAAGGAAGAACUCGGUCGUGGUGCUUUUGGAACAGUUUUUAGAGGAGUUUUAGUGUCUGAGAAAUGCGUAGCUGUCAAAAGACUGAACAAUAUGGUUAAAGAAAGCGAGUUAGAAUUCAAAGCUGAAUUGAGUGCAAUUGGCAGAACAAAUCACAGAAACCUAGUUCAACUACUAGGGUUCUGCAAUGAAGGGCAGCACCGAAUUCUUGUGUAUGAGUUCAUGAGCAAUGGUUCUCUAGCAAGCUUCCUCUUUGGAAAGUCAAGGCCGAAUUGGUACCGAAGGAAGGAGAUUGCCUUGGGAACUGCUAGAGGGCUCUUGUAUUUGCAUGAGGAGUGCAGCAACCAAAUCAUACAUUGCGACAUUAAGCCUCAAAAUAUUCUCCUAGAUGACUCUUUCACGGCAAGAAUUUCCGACUUUGGAUUAGCCAAGCUUUUGAAAACGGACCAGACUCGAACUACUACGGGAAUCAGAGGGACAAAAGGGUACGUUGCCCCCGAAUGGUUUAAAAACAUGCCGAUCACAACCAAGGUGGAUGUUUACAGCUAUGGCAUUUUGUUACUGGAGAUUAUUUUUUGCAGAAAGUACUUUGAAGCAGAGGCAGAGAAUGAACAACAAAUGAUACUAGCGGAUUGGGCUUAUGAUUGCUACGCGGAGAAGAAGCUGCAGUUACUUUUGGAGAAUGACGAUGAGGCAAUGCACGACAUCGACAAGAUGGAGAAGUACGUGAUGAUCGCAUUGUGGUGUAUUCAGGAGGAUCCGUCAUUGAGACCCACCGCCAAGAAACUCGCCCUGAUGCUCGAAGGAACUCUUCAAGUCUCAGUUCCACCAGACCCGUCCUCAUUCACAAGUUCAAUAGUGUAA